AGUCUUCCCCUAAGAGCUCUCUGGAAAGCUGUAUUUGCUGCACGUGGAAAUCUCCGUUAUUUGCCAGCACCCAACACUAGCGUAAUGGGAAUAACGGACUUAACGUCAUUUCUCUUUCAGAGCAUUUAGCCUUCAUAUUCCCUUCCCUACAUGCUUCCCCCCAGGCCGUCACGACUUGGUAUGCUCCAAUCUCUGAGCCGCUCCCGCAGCGGAGAAGGGGCCUGGAGUUCUGCCUUGCUUCCCGGCGCGGUCGCAGUCCUCAGCCCACUCAGGAUAAUGGCGACAGCUGAGGUACUGAACAUUGGUAAAAAAUUGUAUGAAGGUAAAACAAAAGAAGUCUACGAAUUGUUAGACAGCCCAGGAAAAGUCCUCCUGCAGUCCAAGGACCAGAUUACAGCAGGAAAUGCAGCUAGAAAGAAUCACCUGGAAGGAAAAGCUGCAAUCUCAAAUAAAAUCACGAGUUGUAUUUUUCAGUUGUUACAGGAAGCAGGUAUUAAAACUGCCUUCACCAGAAAAUGUGGGGAGACAGCUUUCAUUGCACCCCAGUGUGAAAUGAUUCCAAUUGAAUGGGUUUGCAGAAGAAUAGCAACUGGUUCUUUUCUCAAAAGAAAUCCUGGUGUCAAGGAAGGAUAUAAGUUUUACCCACCUAAAGUGGAGUUGUUUUUCAAGGAUGAUGCCAAUAAUGACCCACAGUGGUCUGAGGAACAGCUGAUUGCUGCAAAACUUUGCUUCGCUGGACUUCUUAUAGGCCAAACUGAAGUGGAUAUCAUGAGUCAUGCUACACAGGCUAUAUUUGAAAUACUGGAGAAAUCCUGGUUGCCCCAGAAUUGUACACUGGUUGAUAUGAAGAUUGAAUUUGGUGUUGAUGUAACCACCAAAGAAAUUGUUCUUGCUGAUGUUAUUGACAAUGAUUCCUGGAGACUCUGGCCAUCAGGUGAUCGAAGCCAACAGAAAGACAAACAGUCUUAUCGGGACCUCAAAGAAGUAACUCCUGAAGGGCUCCAAAUGGUAAAGAAAAACUUUGAGUGGGUUGCAGAGAAAGUAGAGUUGCUUUUGAAAUCAGAAAGUCAGUGCAGGGUUGUAGUGUUGAUGGGCUCUACUUCUGAUCUUGGUCACUGUGAAAAAAUCAAGAAGGCCUGUGGAAAUUUUGGCAUUCCAUGUGAACUUCGAGUAGCAUCUGCGCAUAAAGGACCAGAUGAAACCCUGAGGAUUAAAGCUGAGUAUGAAGGGGAUGGCAUUCCUACUGUAUUUGUGGCAGUGGCAGGCAGAAGUAAUGGUUUGGGACCAGUGAUGUCUGGGAACACUGCAUAUCCAGUUAUCAGCUGUCCUCCCCUCACACCAGACUGGGGAGCUCAGGAUGUGUGGUCUUCUCUUCGACUGCCCAGUGAUGGAGUCAGGCUCUGUUGCCCAGGCUGGAGUGCAAUGGCACAAUCUCAGCUUUACUGCAGCCUCCGUCUCCCAGGUUCAAGCAGUUCUGGUGCCUCAACCUCCCAAGUACCUGGGAUUAUAGGUCUUGGCUGUUCAACCAUACUUUCUCCAGAAGGAUCAGCUCAAUUUGCUGCUCAGAUAUUUGGAUUAAACAACCAUUUGGUAUGGAGCAAACUGCGAGCAAGCAUUUUGAAUACAUGGAUUUCCUUGAAGCAGGCUGACAAGAAAAUCAGAGAAUGCCAUUGAAUUUUUUAGGGGAAAAACUACAAAGUUCUAAUUUAGCUGAAGGAAAAUCAAGCAAAAUGAAAAGGUAAUUUUAAAUUAGAGAACACAAAAUGUAUUAGUGAAUAAAUGCUUUUCUAGAUCCAUAUUAAUAAAUAUGAACACCUAACCUCUCCUUUCUUAGGUUAGACACCAAGAUAUUUCAGCCAGCCUUUAUCAUUCCUCUUAUUUUAUCCUUUUUUCCUUAAGUAUUGGUGGUCACUACUAUUGAGUUUCUUCCUUAACACUGAUUGAAUAAUCUUAACUCCCUCAGCUAAAACUGGCAUUACUGGCUCCCAGCUAUGUUUUUCCAGACUUGUAUUUUCUUUUUUUUUUUUUUUGUUUCCCGAGACAGGGUCUUACUGUUGCCCAGGCUGGAGUGCAGUGGCGUGAUCUCAGUUCACUGCUGCCUUCCCUCCUGGGCUCAAGCAGUUCUCCCACCUCAGCCUCUCGAGUAACAAAGAUUAUAAUCUUGCAGCUCCAUGCCGAGCUAAUUCUAUUUUUUGUAGAGAUGGGGUCUCACUAUGUCACCCAGGUUGGUCUCAAACUCCUGGACCCAAGUAAUUCUCCUACCUCAGCCUCCCAAAAUGCUAGGGUUACAGGCAUGAGCCACUGUGCCUAGCUAGACUUAUACUUUCAACUGUCCAUUUCUCCCUGUACCUCCCAUGGGCACUCUCAUAAAAAACAGAAUGCUCCCAACUUUAUUCAUCUUCCAAGCCUGAAACUCUUGGUAUGCUCACUGCUGCCAAGUCAGAAGCUUGAUUUCAUCAUUGAUGUUUUUUUCACAUUUCACAUCUCACUCAUCAAGUCAUGUUGGUGUUAAUUUCUAAUUAACCCUUGAAAUUGCCGUCUUCUCAUCCUCUGUACAAAAGCCUCAAGUGAGGGUCAAAUUCAACAUUUUCCUGAUCUAGACAGUCCCCAUUCUCAAUCCACCCUUUUCCAAGUUGAUUGCCCAAGGACUUCUAACAUAAUAAACUCUUUUGCACCACAGACUUCUUUGGAAAUAUAUAUGCUGUUGACCCUCUCUGUAGAAAACUGCACACAUAAAACUUACCAACAGAUGUCAUUGGUUCUUGGGUCCUCCCGAAGCCUAUCCAUGGUUUAUAGAUUAAGAAUUGACGAGGUAGCUGGGCGCAGUGGCUCACACCUAUGAUGACAGCACUUUGGGAGGCUGAAGCAAGCAGAUCACUUGAGGUCAGGAGUUUGAGACCAGCCUGGCCAACAUGGUGAAACCCUGUCUCUAUUAAAAAUACAAAAAUUAGCCAGCCGUGAUGGCGGGCACCUGUAAUCUCAGCUACUCGGGAAGCUGAAGCAUGAGAAUUGCUUGAACCCGGGAGGCGGAGGUUGCAGUGAGCCUAGAUCACGCCACUGCACUCCAACCUGGGCAACAGAGCGAGACUCCGUCUCAAAAGGGAAAAAAAAAAUUGCUGAUGUGACCCAUGAAGGGAAGUCAUUUUCCUCGUAAUUUCUGGACUGCCACACAUAGGUAUCUUUAGUUCUUCGAAGGCCCACAUUUUUAUCAUUUAAGACCUAUUUGUUACUAAGUAGAGCUUUAUCUUCAAUGUCUCCAUGAAACCUUCUGUAACCACAGUGACUACAAGUAGUUCUUUCUCUAUUGAAUUGUAGGUCCAGAAUAGAAGAUGUCAUUGUAUACUUUACUUCCCUCACACUGUGUUACACUCUGAUGUGCUAUGCUUAGCUAUCUGCCAGAGAUUAGUAAAUUAUAAAACUCAUGUGUACUACUUAAGUUUGUAUCUUAUGCUAGUUUAUAAGAACAAUUAAAAGGACUUAGAAGAUUAA